AUUCAUUCUCUAUUCAGAAAGAUGGCUUCGUAUCAUCGCCCCGAUUCGGUAACUCUACAAACUUUGAAAGAUAUAGCAAAUAAAUUGCGUAUUCAUUCAAUAACAUCAACGACUGCUAGUAAUUCUGGGCAUCCAACAUCAUGCUGUUCUAUUGCCGAAAUUAUGUCCGUUCUCUUCUUCCAUGCAAUGAAAUAUCGUGUGGACGAUCCAAGACAUCCGGCAAAUGAUAGAUUCAUUUUGUCAAAGGGUCAUGCCGCACCUAUUUUAUACGCAGCAUGGGCUGAGGCUGGACUCUUUCCAACUUCAGAACUUCUAAAUCUAAGGAAAAUCGAUUCAGAUUUGGAAGGUCAUCCCACCCCACGUUUAAGCUUUGUAGAUGUAGCUACAGGUUCUCUAGGACAAGGGCUUUCUUGUGCUGCUGGCAUGGCGUAUACUGGAAAGUACUUUGAUAGAGCAGAUUAUAUGGUUUACUGUGUUAUUGGUGACGGCGAGAGUGCUGAGGGUUCAAUUUGGGAAGCUCUUGCUUUUGCUAGUAAUAAUAAAUUGAACAAUUUGGUUGCUAUAUUUGACAUCAAUAGACUUGGACAAAGUGAAGCUACAGCAUUUGGUCAUGAUGUUGAGUCUUAUAAAAGAAAGCUGGAAGCAUUUGGGUGGAGAACACACGUGAUCGACGGACACUGUAUCAACUCUCUUUGUAAGGCCCUUUAUGAUGCUAAAAAUACUUCCGACAAACCUACUUGUAUUCUGGCCAAAACUCUAAAAGGCAAGGGUAUUGUUGGUAUUGAAGAUCAAGAAAAUUGGCAUGGAAAGCCGCUCGGCAAUAAGACUCAAGAAUCAAUUGAUGCUAUAAGUCUUUGCAUAGCCAACCAUGGACCACACGAGUUAUCAGCACCAGUUCCCACCUGCCAGGUCUUGCCCAAUAAUAUUACUAAUAUAACACUUUCGAGGCCUCCAUCAUAUGAUCUAGGACAGAAAUUGGCACCUAGAGCAGCCUAUGGAACAGCUUUAACGAAAUUAGGCGAAUCUUGCCCCCAUGUUGUUGCUAUGGAUGGUGAUACGAAAAAUUCAACUUUCGCCAUAAAAUUCAAAGAAGCCUUUCCAGAUAGGUUUAUUGAAUGCUUUAUUGCAGAGCAAAAUCUUACAGGUGUCGCUAUGGGUUGUGCAACGAGAGAUAGAACCGUUGCAUUUGUUUCAACCUUUGCCGCUUUUCUUUCAAGAGCAUAUGAUCAAAUAAGAAUGGGAGCCUUGUCAAUGACAAAUGUCAAUUUCGUUGGUUCUCAUGCUGGCAUUUCCAUCGGAGAGGAUGGGCCAUCUCAAAUGGCCUUGGAGGAUAUAGCAAUGUUUAGGGCUGUUUCUGGUUCAACUGUCUUUUAUCCCAGUGAUGCAGUCUCUACUGAAAGGGCAGUAGAAUUAGCAGCAAAUACUAAGGGAAUCUGUUUUAUAAGAACCAGUAGACCAGCAUUCCCCGUGUUAUACGGAAAUGACGAACCAUUUCAAGUGGGUAAAGCCAAAGUCGUUAGGCAAUCUAAUAAAGAUCAAGUAACAAUCGUCGCUUCCGGCGUUACUUUACAAGAAGCUUUUAAGGCUGCAGAGAAGCUUGCUUAUAACGGUGUUCAGGUUCGAAUUGUUGAUCCUUUCACUAUCAAACCAAUUGAUAAGCAAACAUUGCUCGAUUGCGCAAAAUCAACCGGAGGAAAAGUUUUAACAGUUGAAGAUCAUUACCCUCAAGGUGGAAUAGGGGAAGCAGUAGCUUCAGCACUAGCCGAAGAAAGAGAUGUACUCGUUAAAGUUCUUGCUGUUACAGCUCUCCCAAGAUCUGGUAAACCAGAAGAACUUCUUGAUAAAUAUGGUAUAUCUUCAAGAUGCAUUGUAGAUGGAGAUCCUUGUUUGUAUUGUAUAAAAGCCAUUAUAAUUCUUGAUAAUGAUGGAAAUCGUUUAAUAGCCAAGUACUUUGAUGAGACGUUUCCAACAAAUACUGAGCAAAGACAAUGGGAGAAGAAUUUAUUCAAUAAAACUCAUAGAGAAAAUGCGGAUGUAACGAUAUUAGACAAUUUAACGAUUGUAUACAGGAGCAACGUAGAUCUGUUUUUUUAUGUCGUUGGAAAUUCGUCGGAAAACGAACUCAUCUUAGCCAGUGUAUUGUCAACGCUGUACGAGGCCAUAAACCUAAUGUUGAAAAAAGAUGUUGAAAAGCGAUCUUUGUUAGAUAAUAUGGAAAAUAUUUUUCUAGCUUUGGACGAAAUAUGCGAUCAAGGAAUAAUAUUGGAAAGCGAUCCUCAUGCUAUUGUUAGUAGAUGUGCUGUUAGAGGUGACGAUAUUCCCUUAGGAGAGCAAACAGUGGCUCAGCAAUUAACAAACAAACUAAAGGUUUGA